CUCAAGUGAAAGCCAACACGCGGCUAUGCAUAAAGGAGUGUUACAGGACCAUUUCUGCGUCCGAUGCAGCGACGUGAGAAGCGGCAACCUGACCAAAGAAGGAGCAUAUAAAGCACUGGGUAUAUGGUAUCAUGCUCUACUUCUCACAGUCCUAUCAGACCGAAUGCUCAAGUAUCGCUCCUGACUCUACGAUAUUCGACCAUGACCCUCUUGCAUAUUUUCAUUUGCAUCUCGUACAACAUCCUCGUCAUAUCAGCAACUCCGAUAACGGCUGGCUCCUGGCAGCUACACCAGCACUCAGAACUUUACGCUGGCUCACGUCGGGCCGAAGGAUCCUCGGCAUCGUCUGGGAGCCAGCUUCAUCCAUUAGACUACGCGCCAGACUUCAGCAAAGACCCCUUCCCGCCGUACCCACCGGUACAUCAGCUAGAUGGCAGUAAUUAUACGGCGGAUAACUGGCGAAAUACCAGGUUAUUCGGGUUCCGAGGCUGUGGGGAAGAUGAACAGUUCGCCAUCAUCGAGGCGUGGGACGACUUCUACACUCUUGCACAACAAAAGGGAUUGUACCAGAACACAGACUGGAACUCACAAGCAGCCCGGGAGAUUUGGGGACACUCUAGCGCCACACCCAUAUCUGACGAGAUCAAGAAUCAAAUCCAGCACAUAUAUCAAUCAGCGCAACAAAUGUACGAUGGCUGGUUUUGGCCUCCAGAUUACCCUAGACCUGGAUUUGGCUGGCAGUACCUAUGGAUUAGAGUCGCAUGCUCCCCAGCAGGGGACGACGCAGGGAUAUGUCGUGACAAGCCGAAACCACCCCAGGAUUGUAUCGGCGGGGAACCUCCGGCGGAAGACGAAGGGGGUGAAAUGGAAGCGUAUACUGAUAACUCAGAUUCUGGGGACUGGCCCACAAUUAUCUUUUGCAAUCAAUUCUUCACCUACAAAUCGCUUGAGGAGGUGAAGACCCAGAUAAAGCAAGGGAGCUUGAAUCCCCAAGAUCUAGAAGCCUAUCAAAACCGGGUCCGAGUUAUGUUCCAUGAGGUGACUCACAUGGACUAUUUCAUGGGUUCGCCAAAGAAGGUUCCAUUCGUGGAUGAUCUGAGAAUCGACUUGCGGUACAAAGGUUUCAAGAAAGAAGAUAAGAACAUUCCAUGCUACGGGCCACAGUAUACCAAGACUUUGGCCAACUAUGAUCGUGGCAAGCCUGGCUUCUUUACUCAACGGAACGCAGACUCUUAUGCUUGGUUUGCCAUGGCCAAGUGGGCCGAGCAAGAAUUUGGCAGCUACCCCACUCAACCUGUCGUGACUGCCGCGCCCUUACGAGCGCCGAAACCCAGUAGAGGCAAAAAACUACAGGAUGUCUCAGACGCCACCGAUGUCACAGCUUCUGUCACCGGUGAUCAACCCGAGAAGCCAAAGUUUCCCAUUCCGAGCUGCCCAGGUGUCAUCCGACCUGAGACCACGUCCAUCGAUAUAGCAAGGACUGGAAAUGCGACAUGCAGCAAUAAGGACGUCAUUAGUGGCAUACCGUUCAAUGUGUUUUCGAGCACAGACACCAAUGUCUACGGUCAAUUCUGCUUCAGGGCGAAUCUGAAAUCGCCAGUAUCCUGGACAGUCGACGCUCAUGGGUCUCAAAAGCUAACGCAACACGCUCUUGAGAAGCGCACUCCACCACCGAACCCUAGAGCAUAUGAACCGUACAGCUUCGAUCUUGAAUGGCAUCCCGAAUCCAACGUGGACGGCUGCAGACAAACAAUCGCAAGUUGCCUCCACGCCUUCGCAGCGCUGGCAGACUCUCCGUGCGGUCAUCAAGGCGGACAGCAGAAUGUCAUGACUUCCAAAGGAGAAUUUUUGAUACCGCAGUGCGGCAAGUACUCUUAUACCAUUCGAGGCAAGGAUGAGGUCUCAGCGCUUCCACCGAAGCCACCAUCCUCAGCUCCACCAGCAGUCCCUUCUGUAGGUGCGCAGCAAUGCCACGCAGCUUUCAGUGGACAUGGGAAUAUUGACGGCGCAAGCCAAGCAGCUUUCGCCGAGGAGGCUUGUGCCAAAGCUAAGGGACGAACGAUCAGAUCUGGAGAUCCGGAAUCAAACAUCCAUCACAACCCUGUAGAGUUCCCAGAGUACAUCUACGACGUUUACUGGACCGAGGGUUGCAAAAGCGAUGAUGGUAACGGCAUGGAUGCGGGAGGUUCAGGCGAUCAAAGCUGUGCAUCAUUACUGACCAACAAUUACAAAAACUGUAAGUCUCUCCCCACCUGGACGCUGAUGGCGACCGACGGCUAA